GGUCAAUAAGCACGGCCGGUGCAACCACUAAAAAGUGUCCCCACAUAGACAUGGACAUCAACACAGUAAAUGCUCUUCCUUACGAUGAUUUUGUGAAUAUUUUUGGCAACGUGGUGGAGAAAUGUCCCAUUAUAUUAGCUGCUGUGUGGUCGAGGCGUCCCUUUGUGAGCUUGCCUGCUUUGGAGGCUGCCAUUACUGAAUUCAUCGAUGGUCUGCCGGAAUCAGGUAAAGAGGGGAUCCUCAGGUGUCACCCGGACCUCGCGGGCAGGGACCUCCAUAGGGGCACAUUGACCCGGGAGUCGCGCGAGGAGCAAGCACGUGCCGGGCUGGACGCGCUGGAGUCCGCGGAAGCCUCGCGCAUGGCCCGGCUCAACGAGGAGUACAAAGAGCGGUUUGGGUUCCCGUUUGUCAUCUGCGCCCGGAUGAACGACAAGGAGAGCAUCUUACGGCAGCUGUCCGAGCGCUGUCAGAACGAGCGCGUGGUGGAGAGGGCGCGCGGCAUAGAGGAGGUGAAGAAGAUAUGCCGCCUGCGUCUCCAGAGCCUCGUGCUCCCUGACGCUCCAAAAAAAGUUAUGACCCAUUAAUUACUGGCGUUAAUAUUGAAUUUAGCCUGUGCCAGGUAAACCACCUGGACGUAAAGACUGCCAUUGCUAUCAGACCUAUGCAGGUUGUGGUAUUUGUUUUAUUCAAAGUAUGUAUUAUGUGUGCUCUUCAUCCAUCAUACUGUAUAAUUAAUUUUUUCAAACAAUAAAAUAUGUGAAACAUUGAUUAUGAUUUUUUUCAAUUUACAUGAUGUAAGCUUAUAUAAACACAUGUGAACAUUGAUAAUAUUGCAAAUACAUUUUCCUGACAGUCAUAUUAUGCAUAAAGGUGUGUGCAACUGGUUUGUGUAGGGUUGUCUCAGCAUGCCAUCUGGUGUCCAAAAAAAAUGUCCAAGCAUGCAUGGCGAAAGUAGGAUGAAGAAAUGUCUCUUCAGUCCACAAACGGCACACUGUGAUAUCCAAUAAGGGGGCUUACGGUGGUCCUUCAGUGAGUUCAGGGAGAUCUCAGUAAAAGGGGGGACAUUAGUUAAAAAAUGCCAUCUCACACCCUAACUUAAGGAGAGGCUGUUUCCCUCUGUCCACUGUUAGCAGCCCAAUUAUGAACCGCACAGGCUUUCUGAAAAUAUAAAUCCUCUCAAAUGGCACUGCCUUGAAAUAUGGGCCUUGUAGCCUAUUUCUAUUGGGUUUCAAUCUUUGCAGUAUUAGUUUAGGUCGUAGUCUAGAGGAUAAGUGUCUUCUGCGGGCCUAUGCGGGCUCUCUGGUCCCAGAAGCGGAGAGAGAGUGACCGUGCAGCGGGGAAACGGGCGGCGUAGCGGUUAGAGGUCCGUUUGUGGAGGAGACCCCUCCCGCGGCCUCCCCCUGGUCACCAGAGGUGAUGGAAGAGUCCUGGUCCGGUUCGGCCCCCCUUGCCUUCCUCCGGUCCUCCUCCUUUUUCCACUUCAUGCGCCGGUUCUGGAACCAGAUCUUGAUGUGGCGCUCGGUGAGGCUCAGGGUCAGCGCCAGCUCCACGCGGCGAGGCCUCGAGAUGUAGCGGUUGAACAGGAACUCCUUCUCGAGCUCCAGCAGCUGGGCGCGCGUGUAGGCGGUCCUCGUGCGUUUGUUUUCCUCAGUCUCUGCCAUCAUGUAUGGCCCUAGAGACAGAACGGAAAUUUAGUCCUAUUCUCUUUACAAAUUAGGUUGUAUAAAAGGUAUUUAAUGGUUUAUUAUCAGCUUUGUUUGGACUGGAUCUCCAAAAAAAUACUUUUAAAUUUAUUUUGUUAAUAUUGUUCUUAAUUUUUUUUUAAGUGCAAAUGACCUAUGUGCAUUAUUAAAAUUGCAUGGGGUUCUGACCACUCCGCAGGCUCCUGCAGAAACAACAGUACAUAUUUGUCUUAUGAUAGCCAGUAGAAUAAACAUUUAUUCACUUGUAAUGUUACGAGGAAUUUACAGUCACUUCAGAUUUACCAAAAAUAUACAUCCUUGAUCCGCUUGGGAAAUUUUGGAAGCAACAGGUGAAAUGAGGACACGCUAAAGCUGUAAUAUGUUCUUAUGGGGGGAAAAAAAACCAUUUUGUUUUUAAAUCACAAAACUCACUUUGGAAUGAGCUCAGUUGAGGACUGACUCCUGUAGCUUACCGAUGGCCACAUAAUUUUAUUUAUUCCAAGAUUAGUCUACAGUUUGCAGUUAGCCCGAUUAGACAUGCAUCACUUGCUUAAAAAUGGGGCUUUUAAUAUCAGCAAUCAAUCAGAUAUACUAUCAAUAAUUACCAAUAUUAUCACAGUGUUAAACUGAUAUGAGACACUGGGAAAAAAAUUCCCCAAAUGUCUUUUUGUGUUGAUUCACACAAUGAAAGUAUAAUUGAAAGUACGGGCUACAUUUUAGGUUUUUGUUGUUGUUGUUGUUGUUGUUUUACAAAUUGUUAUAAUUAACAGUUUAAUUGUAACAAUUUUUUUCGAAGGCAAAAAGCGUGUUUAGCCACUGACCGUUCAAAUGCUUGUGGUCAGGGUCAGU